AUGACACAGACAUCGGCACAGCUAACAGCCUGCAGUCUUAACCAGAAGCUCGUCGGGGCUAUCGAGCGGCAAGCAGAGCUCGAAGAUCAGGUUGCUCAAGCGCGGCAAGAACUCAGGCAUGCGCAACAGCAGAUUGCAAAGCUAGAGCAGGAACAGCGCGAGACCAAGGAUAGACUCGCGGCUGGUUUGCUGGUGAGUAAGUCUCAGGUGGAAGAUGAGACGCAGGGAUUACGGCAGACUUUACAGGUUGAACAGGCAAAUCGGACGACUGCGGAGGAAGCUCGGUCACGGAUAGAGAAGGAGCUCGAGGACUUGACUCGUUCGUUGUUUGAAGAAGCCAAUAAGCUUGUAUCAACAGCACGGAAAGAGACGGCUGCUGUGGAAGAACGUAAUGCUCAGCUUGUGAGGCAGAAUGAGGAGAAGACAAUGUUGUUGGCAAGUCACCAGCAGCAGCUGGAAGAGCUCAAGGCCGUCUUGCAGCGCAUGUCAACGGAGGAGGUUCGAUGGAGUUCACGGCCCGGCUCACCAAAGCCGAAUCCGACGCGUCAACAAGCUACGCGGCAUUCGAGAGAGCUGUCGCUGGGCAAGAUACAAGCACAGGGUAGUCCACUGACGCCGCACUUCAGGGUCCUGCCGACAUACAGAACCGACACGAAGGCCUUCUACGAGUUCCGUGCCCUCUUGCCAAGGCAAAACACGCCCAAGCACUCUAUGGAACGGCCUACAAGCGACAGCACUGCAUCACCCUUACCAAGUCCCAUUAUUGCAUCGUCAUCUUACUGGGGCCGCAGCUCGACAGACGACAAAAAAGACAAGGACCUACAAUCAAGUAAAUUCUGGAAACGCGCUCUCAUUGAAGAUGUCGAGCCGACGCUACGACUGGAUAUGGCGCCUGAUUUAGGCUAUCUCGGCAGACGUACGUUCCUACAGGCUGUUGCAGAGGGCCACCUUGUUGUGGAAGCACACCCUGCACAUCUUGCACGCUACCAACCAGAGCGAUCGCCGUGCGCGUUAUGCGGCGACAACCGCAAUGAUGCUGAGCAUGCACGCAGAUUCAGAUGCCGCACGAGCGAGUCCAAAGAAGCUGCGGUGCACCCGCUCUGCGACUGGUGCCUGGACCGAGUGCGUGCUGUGUGUGGAUAUGUGGCCUUCCUGCGACAGGUCCGGGAUGGGCUGUGGAAAGGGGAGGAGGAGGAAGGUGCGUUGAUGCGCUGCUGGUGCGAGUGCGUGAAGCUGCGUGAGACGAUGUUCUGGACACGCGUCGGACACAAGAUUGAGUACUGA